CAGCCUGGAUAUCAAGGGAGAUAACUUUCGUAUGUUUUAGUCAACAUGGCGUCUAAAUUUCCAGAUGUCAGUUUGCUCUCUCAAUUCAUUAGAGAUCGGCUAAUUUAUCAGCUCGAAAACAUUCCUGGUCAAAAAGACUUGGUGCUUGAUGGUGAGCUGAUGAAACCACUUGAUCGCAUUGUUGGCGCUUCUGUUCUAAAGGCUCAUGGAGUUGCCAAAAUAUUCAAAUUUGAUUUUACACAAAAAGCAUUGCCUGGAUGUAACCAGCGGCUGUACAUUGUUCGUCCACGAAUUGAAAUGAUGGAGCAUAUUGCAAGGCAAAUCAAUUGUGAGAGAAGUUUAGAGCAGAAAAGGACAUAUCGAAUAUUAAUGACACCUCGUAAAGUAAGUAUUUACAGAGAAGGAGUAUAUGGCUAUGUUACUGUGGAAGAGUUCAUUUUAGAUUUAAUACCACUUGACCGAGAUGUUCUGUCUUUGGAAUUAUCCGAUUUCCUGCCAAGAUUUUAUUUACAUAAUGAUUAUACCUGGUUGAAUACUGUUGCGAAGUCAUUGGUUCAUUUCCAGUCAGUAUAUAGACAAAUACCAUUUGUCUGUGGUAUUGGAAGAGCAGCUAAGAAAAUACAUGAAAUGAUGUUAGCAAUGACAGAAUAUCAUCAGAAAACUGAAGACGAGAAUUUUGAGAUUGGAAAGCUGUUUAUCAUAGACAGAGAUGUAGAUUUUGUGACACCUCUUUCUUCACAGUUAACAUAUGAAGGAAUUUUAGAUGAAACAUUUGGAAUACAAAGUGGUUAUAUAGAGUUCACCAAAGAAAUCACAGGGAAAGACAAACCUACCAGAGUACUGCUGUCCAGUCAAGAUGAAAUAUAUGACCAAAUAAGAAACAAGCAUUUUUCUACAGUUUUUGAGUUUCUCAGUUGGAAGGUGAAAGAAGUUCAAAGUGGUUAUGAUAAAAGACAUUCUCUGACCACGGUUGGUGCCAUGAAGAAUUUUGUAUCAAAUGAACUCAAGGACCUGAGUCAUCGGCACAAAACGCUUGCAUAUCAUAUUGGAGCAUGUGAAGUUGUCAUGGCGAGAAAGACGAAAAGUUUUGAAAACUUUGAGGAAAUCAUGCAAACUGAACAUAGUCUGCUGGAAGGUAGCGAUACAAAAGAAAACAUUAAUUUUAUUGAAGAGUGUAUCAACAGAAAGUUCAACUGUGAACAGACACUGAGGCUUCUUUGUCUACUUUCCCUGACAAAUGAUGGUAUUAAUUCCAAACACUACAAGCAGUUGUCAAUACAGUUUAUUCAUACAUAUGGCUUUGAUAUGUUGCCAACUUUACAUAACCUGCGCAAACUCCAUCUGUUCAUGGAACAAGAGCAAUCCCUGAGUAAACCCCUUGGGAAAAUGGCUGCUGGAGUAGCAGCAAUGGCCAAGAGGAGCAGCUACCAAGCUUUAGUGAAAAAACUCAACCUAGUUCCCAAAUCUGCUGAAGACAUCAGUUUAAAAAGUCCCCGUGAUAUGUCAUAUGUUUUUAGUGGUGCGUAUACUCCAACCUCGUGCCGGCUGGUUGAGGAGGUUCUAAGUAGAAAUGGUUUCACUGGUUUGGAAGAUGUGACAAAAUUAUUGCCUGGUGAAACAUUCUGUAGUAUACGAUCUCCUAUUCCUAAAGGCAAAUCAAGAGGUUCUUCUGAUUAUCCUGCUGCCAGAGUAGUGAUGGUAUUUUUCCUUGGUGGAUGCACAUUUGCAGAAAUAGCAGCACUACGUUUACUGGGGCGUGAAAAAGGUUACCAAUUCUUGAUUGCAACAACAUGCAUCACAAACGGAAGUCGUAUGAUUCAAUCUUUUAUGGACAACUAAUUAACUGUUAAAUAAUAACGACACACACAAACUACGACCGUACUUUGUGCAAGUACAAGGCAUUUACGUUACAUGCCUGUGAAAAACAGAAUGACAAACAAACAAUUGUUAAGAUUCUUUUGAUACCAGAGCUCUUUGAAGAAAAAAAAAACAAAACCAAACAUAUCAAUGAAUUUAGCUUUAAGCAAUGUGUAACUGUAAAAGGUUUACUGUGAGAUUAUGUAGCUUGGAUUUCUUAUAUAGCUCUCCUCCUGUGAUUGAAGACAUGUCGUGCAGUUGAACCUUUUUAAGAACACAUCAGAAUUUAUCUGCUGAAAUGACUUGUAGAGUGAUAGAAUGAUGUUGGACUUGAAAAUCUAAAAUAUUCUCUCAGACAACGUGGAAGAGAAUGUCUUGGAUAUUUAGAGUCUGUGAGGUGCCUGUAAAGUAUAUCGCAAUGGAGGAGAUUUCUGCUUAUAAAAAUGCCAGUUUGUGAGAAUGAAAGACUGAGGAAUCACAAUGAAGCACUAACAGGCUGAGUGAAUUGAAUUGUGGAAUGACAUAACACCCGUGAUUGGAAUCUUAUAAGUCCGACGAGAGAUGGGAAGGAAACAAUCAACCGAUAAACAGCUAACUCGUUCAUUUUGCACUUUUGUAUAUUUAGUAGCCAAAAUAGCCUGCGAAAGGCUGUGAUAAACUUAACACACAUGCAUGUAUUCAUGCAUACACAAACACACACACACGUGCGUGCACACAAAUGCAUGCAUUUGUGCACAUACACACAGAUAUUAUGUGUUGCUAUCAUGUGACAUUAAGAGUAUUUUCAGAGUAUUCUAGCAAUUUCUAUACCAAAAAAAAAAAGAAAAAAAAAAAAAAAA